AAAAAAUCUGAAUGGUUACAGUGGAGCGCUGACUCUUUGCUCAUAACAGGGGAGGUAGCGAGGAGGAGGACGCCCCAGGCUCAAGAGAGGACAGACGGCCGACUUCCCGACUGGGCUUCUUGAUCAUCUGUCUCCAACCAUGGUCCGCCCAAAUUCGGAUAUAUGGACUCUUUUAGCCUUAAUUUUAUUCCAAGUAGUACAAAAUAAUUUACAAGUAUUUGGUCAUCAAUCAUUCUCUCGGAUAAGAGGAAACCCUUCCGGAGCAUCAGUAAAAAGGGGUGACCAACCGCCUGAUAUAGAUAGCGAAUACCCCGAUGGCGACGUUCUUCAUCCCUUGACAGAUGUCUUCAAUCGUCGACCAUACACUCAUAAUCAUGGGUAUGUGCCGGUCAAGCUACAUCCUUGUGAGCAGAGUUCGUGCUAUCCGGCCACUGGAAAUCUACUAAUAGGUCGGGAACAUCAGUUGUACUCGUCUUCGACUUGUGGACUUCACGGGCCACAAAGAUACUGUAUUGUGUCGCAUUUGGAAGAAAGGAAGAAGUGUUUCAGAUGUGAUUCGAGACCAACUAAUAAACCGAAUCCUUUAUUCAAUCAUAAUAUUAGCAAUAUUGUCUACAGGAUGUAUCCUGGAACACGGCAGAAGUCAUGGUGGCAGUCCGAAAAUGGCAAAGAGGGUGUCUACAUUCAAUUGGAUCUAGAAGCUGAGUUUCAUUUUACUCAUCUUAUUAUCACUUUUAAGACUUUUAGACCCGCGGCUAUGUUAAUCGAGCGUUCGUACGAUUUCAAACAGACGUGGCAUGUCUAUCGCUACUUUGCCUACAAUUGUGCUGAAAGCUUCCCCCAUAUUAGAGAAGGAUAUCCUGUAAACUUGACAGAUGUUGUGUGCGAAUCGCGGUAUUCGUCGAUAGACCCUUCAACGGAUGGUGAAGUGAUUUACAGAGUUCUACCUCCAACCCUCCACAUUGACAAUCCUUACUCGGAACAAGUUCAAAAUCUGCUUAAAAUGACUAAUUUACGGAUCAAUUUCACCAAACUACACACUCUGGGUGAUGACCUCCUUGACAAACGUGAGGACAUUCAAGAGAAGUACUACUACGCCAUCACCGAUAUGGUGGUUCGUGGUUCCUGUUCGUGCUACGGACACGCUAAUAGAUGCCUACCAUUGCCGGGGAUUGAACCCAAGCCCGAUAUGGUACACGGCCGUUGCGAGUGCACACACAACACUAAAGGACGCAAUUGCGAAAAGUGUGAAGACUUUUUCAAUGACUUGCCCUGGCGACCUGCCAUUGGCAAACAGACCAACGCUUGCAAAAAAUGUAACUGCAACAACCAUGCAACUAGUUGCCAUUUUGAUGCCGCUCUAUACGAAGCCACUGGUCGUAUCAGUGGUGGCGUUUGCGAUGGGUGCCAGCACAACACCAUGGGCCCAAAUUGCGAACAAUGCAAACCUUUCUAUUACAGAGAUCCGCAGCGAGACAUCCAAGAUCCCGAAGUGUGUCGACCCUGUGAUUGUGACCCUCGCGGAUCACUUGAUAACGGCAUUUGUGACUCUAUCACCGAUGCUGAGAAUAAUCUUGUAGCAGGGAGCUGUCACUGCAAGACUAAUGUAGAAGGUCGUCGUUGCGAUAUUUGCAAGAACGGUUUUUGGAACUUCACGGAAAAUAAUCCAGAUGGCUGUCAAAGUUGCACUUGCAAUACUUUUGGAACAAUUGACAAUCAGGGUUGUAAUGUAUACAACGGGGAGUGUACUUGUAAGCGGUAUGUGACUGGACGCGAUUGCAACCAAUGUCUUCCCGAGUAUUGGGGCCUUUCGGAAAAACGAGAUGGCUGUCAGCCUUGUGAUUGCGACCCUGGAGGUUCGUUUGAUAAUAAUUGUGAUGUUAUCAGUGGGCAGUGUCUUUGCCGAGAACAUAUGACCGGUAGAACGUGUGGUACCCCCAAACAGCAACACUACACUGCAAGUUUGGACUUCCUACUGUAUGAAGCCGAGUCUGCAAGAGCGUCACCUAACUGUCAAGUCGUAAUAAGGGAGCCUCCAAGAGACGGAUCUGAUGUCACGUGGACUGGAAUCGGAUUUAUGAAGGCUUUCGAACCGUCAUACAUUGAGUUUACUGUGGAUAACAUUAAGACGGGCAUGGAUUACGAAAUUGUGAUUCGUUACGAACCCACAAUGCCCACAAAUUGGGAAGAGGUCGAAGUGACUCUUGAACGGCCAGGUCCAGUCGAUCCAAAUGGUCCAUGUAAUGGCGCACGAGAUGACCCUAGAAGAGUCGCUCUUCCUUCAAACAGCAGAAGCGUCACAGUGUACCCCCCUGUAUGUCUGGAAGCCGGCCGAACAUAUAAGAUCCGUCUAACUUUCCGCCGAUCUAACUUCGAACGCGAGACACCCUCAGCUUCAGUUUUAAUAGACUCGGUCGUGUUAAUCCCCCGUAUUGAGAAAAUCCCCUGGUUCUACGGCUCGGUCCCAGCCGAAGCGCGGCGCCAAGAAUUCGAACGCAGCCGCUGCAGCUCCUACUCCUCUUAUCUAAUCCACACCGGGCAAAUCCCUGAAGUUUGCAAAAAGUACUACAGCAGUAUUGGCGCAUACAUCUUCAAUGGCGCAUUCUCUUGUCAAUGCGAUCCGACUGGGUCUCUUAGCAAACUCUGCGACGAAUAUGGGGGCCACUGCACUUGCAAAUUGAACGUGGUGGGUCGCCGAUGCGACCAGUGCGCCCCCGGGACUUACGGAUUCGGGCCCGAGGGUUGCAAAUCAUGCGACUGCAAUAGCAUUGGGGCCCUUGACAAUUUCUGUAAUGCCACCACUGGUCAAUGCAAGUGCCGCGCAAACACAUACGGACGCGAGUGCGACCAGUGCAGGACCGGCUUUUGGAAUUUCCCUAACUGUCAGAGAUGUGACUGUAACGGCCAUGCCGAUAUCUGUGAUUCCAAAACAGGGGCUUGUAUUAAUUGCAAGGAUAACACAGAAGGGCACAACUGUGAUCAGUGCGUAGAUGGAUUUUACGGAGACCCCAGACUUAAUGUGGAUAUUCCAUGCCGGCCCUGUCCUUGUCCGGGAAGCCCCUGGUCCAAUCAUUCGUACGCUGAUAGAUGUAGUUUGGAGUCGAGCACCAAAGAUGUGAUUUGUGAGUGUCACGUGGGGUACUCAGGGUCACGUUGUGACGUCUGUUCCGAUAAUUAUUUCGGGAAUCCGGAAGAACCGGGAGGCUCAUGCCAACCGUGUGAUUGCAAUGAUAAAAUUGAUAUUCUCAAACCGGGAAAUUGUGACCCACACACCGGUAAAUGUAAGCAAUGUUUGUAUGAUACGACAGGAGACCACUGUGAAGUGUGUAGGCCCGGCUUUUUCCGAUAUUCCGAUGAUAUGAUGUGUGAAGAGUGUGUCUGUCACCCACUGGGCACUAACAGUUCAGCCGGUCCUUGUGACCCUUCUUCCGGUCAAUGCGUAUGUCUUCCUAACGUGACCGGAUUAAAUUGUGACCAAUGUAUCGCCAACCAUUGGAAAAUUGCAAGUGGGGAAGGUUGUGAACCUUGCAAUUGUGAUUCUCAAGGCUCACUACGACCACAGUGCAACUUGUUCGAUGGACAAUGCGAAUGUCGGCCAGGUUUUGGUGGCAGACAAUGUAACGAAUGUGUGGCUAGAUUCUGGGGAGACCCGAAAGUUGAGUGUCGCGAAUGUAAAUGUGACGCAAGAGGGUCUAGGUCUUUGCAGUGUGACAUGAGGACUGGUGCUUGUAAAUGUUUACCAGGGAUAGGCGGGUAUAAUUGUGACAGGUGUGAUCGAGGCUAUUUAGGACAAGCACCUGAAUGUAUCCCUUGUGGGGAAUGUUUCGAUAAUUGGGACCGGAUUUUGCAAGAAACGCGAAACCAAACUAUGGAUCUGAUUAACCGUGCCGGCGAUAUCAAGAAAGUUGGAGCAACUGGAGCUUACACCAAAGAAUUCGACGAUAUGCAAUUCCAACUUGAUGAAAUAAAACAACUGUUAAGUAACACUCACGAAGUCGAUACUGAUGCCAUUGAUAAGGAAUUGCAAAGUUUACGUACAAAAAUCAACGAGACUGAACUUGGAAGUGUCAAAGAACUUGACGAUUCAAUCGCAACAACCAAAGAAAAUAUGUUACUCACCGACUUAAAACUAAAAAGUUUGAAACAAAGAAUAGACGACUUUAAAAAUAAAACGAAAGAAUUGGAGAUGAACGGUACGCAACUACAAGAAGCCAACGUUCAGGGGGCUCUUACUUUGAUCCAAAAUGCCAAAGUCAAAGCUGAUCUUGCCGCACACAAAGCGGAGAGGACUGAAGAAACUAUAAAUUAUGCCGAACGUCAGAUUAAAGCAACCGAAAGCACGAUUAACGAAACUGCAAAUAACUUCAAUCAACAAUUGAAAAACAACGAAAAGAAACUCAUCGACUUAAAUGACAAGCUUGACAGUCUUAAACAAACACUUCCGGAUUUGAACGAACUUAUUUGCGACGGCAGAGGCGACCCUUGUGACUCAUUGUGUGGCGGUGCAGGUUGUGCCACUUGUGGUGUCUCAAUUUCGUGCGAAAAUGGGGCUAAACAACAGGCUGAAACCGCGCUAGCUAUAGCAAAUCGGACGGAAAUGGCCCUCCGUGAGAAGGAAGCCAUGGCUAAUGAUUUUAUUCGAAAUGUAUCUCAAAUAAACACAAAUGAGACGAGGAAUAUCGCACAAGAGACGUACGAUAAAGCCAAGGGAAGUUUAAUGAAAGCUAAUGACUCGCUGAAUAAUGUUUUGAAUUUAAUGAAAGAAGUUAAUGAGUUUAUGGACCGCAAUGACACAAAAGAAGAUAUAAAAAAUUUCACGCAACAGAUUUUAGCCAUGAAAAUAGAGCUCGAGCCGGAUGAAAUCACAAAUAUGGCUAAUAAAAUCAAAGAAGCUGUUCAACACUUGACUGAUAUUGACCCGAUUAUUGAAGCUACCAAAGAUGAUUUACGGAGAGUUAACAGACUUAGAGAAAACGCUGAAUAUGCCAAAACGAAUGCGUCAAAAAUAUUGACUGAUGCCGCCGACGUGACUAGUACUUUAGAAAAUACAACAAUAGCGCAAGAUACUGCACAAAGUGCAAUUGAUACAGCCUGGAAUGACAUAAACAUUGUAAACGAUCGGUUAAAACAGAUUGGUGUAAAAACACAGUCGGCCCAAAAAAAGACAAACAGUACAGCCGACGAUCUCAAAAGACUCGAAGAACAACUUAAUCAGCUUCAAAGAAAUAUAACUGAUAAUGGAAUUUACGCCAAUCGUGUCGUAAACGAAUCGUCAAACAUUUUAGAGAAAGCUCGAACAACUUAUGAUGACUUUAAUGAACUUCAGGCACAGUAUUCUAAAGUCCAGCGUAAUUUAACAACGAGUUUAGACAAAGUUCAGUCGUCGAAAGAUCGCGCUAAUGAUCUUUUUAAGCGUGCGUGGGAACUUGUUGCUAAAGUAACAAGUACUGAAGAAGAAAUUAGUAAAUUGGAGAACAGUUCCCAACAAGCGACUUUAACUAAUUUGGAAAAUAUAUUGCAAGAUUUGAUAAGGCGAAUGAACGGCUACAAUCAAAAAAUACAGGAGAGAGUACAUUAUUACAAACAGUGUAAUUAAUGACAUGUAAAUAUGUAGCUUUCACUGCCUUUUUAUCAUAGCUUAGGGAUAAGAUUUUAUUUUUUACUUGUUAUAACUAAUAGUGCCAACGAGCUUGUACAUAUACUUUUAGCGUUUUAUAUUCGAACUUUUUAUCUGUAAUCAACUACUAAUUUUAAUAAAACUUUAUAUAUU